AUGAACCUCCUCCCCCUCCUCCUCACCCUCACCACCUUCCUCCUCCCCAUCGCAACAGCCUUCACCUCCACCUUUGAAAACUGCCAAAACCUCAACCGUCUUAACCAAACCGUCCACCGCGUCCACCCUCUCCUCGAAAAAUUCUCCUCCAUCCACGCCUCCCAAUCCCAAUCAUCGACCACCACAACCACCACCCUCGCCAACGGAACUACCAUCACCGUCACCAACACCACCUCCUCCGCCGCAAUUGAGAAAAUCGAGGGCGUCAAGGCUCUCCUUCUCUCCUCUCAGGAGAAAAUCUACGGCCGGUUGAGCAACUGCUCGAGUGAUGCGGUGUCACCCCGGAAUGUACUGGAGAAGGGCGUGAAGAGAGAUGACGACGACGAUGGUUCUUGCACUUUGAACGAUGUUCUGGAUCAGUUGGUGGAUACCCUUGAGUGUGUGCUUAGCUUUGCGACGGGAUUGUUGGAGACCAUUCUCGAUGGGCUUUUUGAUCUCUUGAAGACUGUUAUUGAGGGGGUGGAGAAGUUGUUGUAG